GAUGUUGGAAACCAAAAGGAGCUCACUAGCACUUCGUCUCAGUCCACAAUCAUCUCUUGACUGAACUCUAUCUGUGGAUUCUCUGGCAAAGCUGUCAUCGGCCAUCUGCAAGCUGAAUACCCGGUUUAUAAAGCAUCAUCAGAUCUGCCUGAAAGAGGCUGUAUUCUUGAACAAUCAGUAAUGGAAUCCCAAGCAGUACACUGGCUCUUUUUAUUAUCGAUAUUUAUUUUGAGGAUGCUACCAGGCCUUGCUACAGAAAUGUAUGCAGAACCUACAAUAGGAACUGUAGUGACUCCUAUAGGGACACAAAAAGUUGAAGAAAGACAAAAGAUAAUAGAUGCUCAGUACAAAUGCUUUGAAAAAAUGUAUAGAGAUCCUUCAUACAACAAAACAGGUCCUUACUGUAAUCGAACCUGGGAUGGAUGGCUUUGUUGGGAUGACUCGCCAGCUGGGACAUAUACCUCUCAGAACUGCCCUAACUACUUUCCAGACUUUGACUCUACUGAAAAGGCAACGAAAUUCUGUGAUGAAACAGGCAGCUGGUUUCGACAUCCUGAAAGUAACAGAACAUGGUCCAACUAUACCCUCUGUAUUGCCUAUACUACGGACAAAUUAAAGAUGGCGUACAUACUCUACUACAUGGCCAUUGUCGGUCAUGCUUUAUCCAUAGCUUCUCUAUUGAUUUCCCUGGGGAUAUUCUUCUAUUUCAAGAGCCUCAGCUGCCAAAGGAUAACUCUCCACAAGAAUUUGUUUUGUUCCUAUGUAUUAAACUCUGUUUUUACAAUUGUACACCUCACUACAGUUGUAAGCAACCCAAAGGUAGUGGAAAGGAAUCCUAUUGGAUGUAAGGUUCUGCACUUUUUUCACCAAUAUAUGCUGGGAUGUAACUAUUUCUGGAUGCUUUGUGAGGGGAUAUACCUUCACACUCUUAUUGUGGUGGCAGUGUUUGCAGAAGAGCAACAUUUACACUGGUACUAUCUGUUAGGAUGGGGGUUCCCUUUAGUGCCUGCGUCGAUUCAUGCCAUUGCAAGAACUAAAUAUUUUGAUGAUAAUUGCUGGAUGAGUGUGGAAACCCAUCUCCUCUAUAUUGUCCAUGGACCCAUUGUUGCAGCAUUAUUAGUUAAUCUGUUCUUUUUGCUUAACAUAGUACGUGUCUUGGUCACAAAACUAAGAGACACUCAUCGAGCAGAGUCUAAUAUGUAUAUGAAAGCUGUUCGAGCCACCCUAAUCCUUGUCCCUUUGCUGGGAAUCCAGUUCGUUAUCAUUCCUUGGAGGCCAGAAAACAGACUUGCUGGAGAAAUAUAUGACUACAUCAUGCAUAUAUUAUUGCAUUACCAGGGCUUGCUUGUGGCAACCAUAUUCUGCUUUUUCAACGGGGAGGUGCAGGCAGCUCUCAGAAGGAAGUGGAUGCAGUAUAAAACACAGUGGGGUCAGCGUCGUCGAGAUCACUGCUCCAGUCGUUCUACAUCUUACACUGCGACAUCCAUAACAGAGGUCCCAGCUUACCUUUAUCACCAUGACUGCAGAAGUGAACAUUUGAAUGGAACACACUCCGAAGACUCUGAACUUGCUGUGUUGAGAUCAGCAGAGACAUACGCCUGACUGGAGAAUGAAUGAAUAAACAAAAUGGUCCUUCCGCAUUCUGUCCAUGUAAAACUCUCCACAGCCGAUGUCAUGCACAGAACAAUCUGACCAGGCGCCCAAGUUAUAAAAGUAAAUGCUUCAUUGGCAGUGACAGUCCUACCAAGGAAGUGCUGAUGCAUAUGAUAUUUGAAGUACAGUGUUGCUUAUAAAACAGGAUACACUGAGACCUACAGCAUUUACAAAGCUGCUAGUUCCAGGCUUUCAAGGGCUGAGAAAGAUCCUGUAACAGGACUGCAGUUGUACAAAUAUCAAAGGGUAUGUAGGUUCAUAGACUGGGACAGUCUCUAUUCAUGCUGAGCUAAACACAUAACAAAUUGUAAGAUAACAAAGUGAUACUGUGGAAUUAUAGGCUGAUAUGAUAAUGUUCCUCGGUGCCUAAACUUCAGCUUGUGGGUCUUGUACAUAUUUUCCAUGUUUAUCUUACAGUGUGAUUUUGGAUCGUUUAACUUUAUUUGAUCCUUUGAUGCCAUUUGUACUUUCUGUUAUUUUUUAAACACAAAUCUUCUACAUGCAGUUUUACAUGUUAUGGUUUUGGCCAUGAGAGCCGUUGAAAUGUUGCUAUAGUGGUAUAUCUGAAUGUGACUUAGAAGAGAAAACCUUACAACUGGAGCAGUCCUAAACUUGACAAAAGAAUACAUUUU